AUGGCACCUUUUGAUGCAUUACAUGGUUAUUCACCAUCAUUUCUCCCACUAAUUCCUGUGGACUCUCCUACUGUUGGGGCUGUGGACACAUUAUUGCAAGAAAGGCAGCAAUUAGAUAAGUUGUUGAGGGAAAAUUUAUUACUAGCACAGAACAGAAUGAAACAGCAGGUGGAUAAACAAAGGUCAAAAAGACAGUUUGAUGUGGGGGAAUGGGUAUACUUGAAGUUGCAACCUUACAGACAAGCCUCAGUAUCUGUUAGGCACUCCUUGAAGCUAUCUCCUAAGUACUAUGGGCCUUAUCAGAUCAUUGCUAAGUAUGGUACGGUAGCUUAUAAGCUACUGCUGCCUCCAACUUCUUCCAUACACCCUGUAUUCCAUUUUUCAAUGCUGAAGAAGAAAUUAGGGAAUAAUGUGACUCCAUUAGUUGAUCUACCAACUAUGAAUGAAGAACAAGUGGUUGUGGCACUUGAGCAAGUUCUGCAAACCAGAACCAUUACUACAGAUUAG